AUGGAGGUCGACGAGCAACGAAUGUCAACCGAGAUUGUGAUGGAAAAUGCUGCUCUUGUGCAGCCUGAUUGGGAUAUCGCAUUAAAGGAAAUGCCAAAUCCGAAGUUUUUUGUGGGACUCCGAAAGCAUCGUGGAGGUUCUGUAUUCGCCAAUGUAGAGAAGAGCGGUGAUGAUUUCGUAUGUGCUGACAAUGGAAUACAAAUUUCAAUCCAACAAUCAUGUAAUGCGUUGCGCUUUCAAUCUUCCGAUGUUCACACAACAUUUCUCUCACCAGUGUCUGAAAUCCGUGAUCUACAUACCACUUCGAUUCAGUCAAUGGAUAUUUCAUGUUCAGGGAAUCUCAUAGUAUCCUCUGACGCGAGCGGAUCACUCACUGUUUCAAACGCAAUGAAUGGAGUGCUGUUGCGUGAUCUGAAGGGCCACGUCAUGGACGUGUACAAGUGCCGCUUUUUUCCGAGUGGGCUGGUAGUUCUCUCUGCUGGUAUGGAUAUGACUGUCAAGGUGUGGUCUGUAGAAACCGGACUUUGUCCACGGACGUUUAAAGGUCACCUUAUGGCGGUUACCGACAUAGCUAUUAUUGGUGUCGGUCGUGAGGUGCUGUCAUGUUCUCAUGACGGAACGGUGAUCAAGUGGUUGUGUGCAGACGGCUCUCGACAGGAACAAUGGAAGCCUGAAGCAGGCUCUUGCAAUGCUAUCGCUAUCAACAAAGAUUCAGAAUUAUUUGCUGUGUGUUGUGAAGGAAAAAAGUGUAUGGUGUACUCUGUUGAAGGACCCACGCUGUCAACGAUAACCACUGACAAUGUACCUACUGCGGUUUGCAUUGACCAAGAUGCUGACAAUAUCAUUUAUAUUGGAGAUGAAGAGGGCAUGCUGUCUGUUUAUGACACAAAGGCGAAAUCGUUCGUCUGUCGUUUACAAACUAAUCGUGGUCGGGUAAUGAAAGCAGUGGCGAGAGAUGAGGGAUUAUUUGUUGCAUAUAGAGAUGGAUCAAUGUGUUGCUACCCACGUAAUUCUUCGUUGUUGGAAUGUGAAUCAUGCCCUGUGUACGAGUUCACAGGGUCGGAUUGUGAUCCCAUUUAUGAUUUUUGUUUCCAUCAAAAGCACCUAUUCACAGCGAGCAGGGAUAGGAUAAUACAUCAGCUGCGCUUCAAAACUGUGAAGUUCAAAGCUAAGGUAGCGAAAACUCAUGCUCUUAAAACACCAUCCAUGGUCGCCCUAGAUCACUGUGACUUCUACUAUGGUCCUAUGUUUGGCAAACGCUGGCCAAGUAUUCGCCUCGGCCUGCUCACCACCAGUAAAUAUGUGGCUGUUAUGAAUACUUUUUCAGACGACAGCGAUAUUUACGAAGAUCUCUUGGACGAUUCAAACACAAUAGAUCUUUUGGCGAGAAUUCGUGGAAAAACUGCGUCUGAGCGCAUUGAGGAGAAGAAACAACGGGUGGACAGUCUUGCUAGGGAAGAAACAGAGCGUGUGCUCAAAGACAUG